AUGGCAAUUGCAACCAUGACUACUCCUCUUCCUAUUUCCUUAUUCCCUUUUCUUCUUCUCAUUCUCGCUAUCUGUUUUACCAUUUGUCAUGCCAAUUCCAACCUACUUUGCAUUCAGAGUGAGAGAGAAGCUCUUUUGAAAUUCAAGAAUCAUCUUAUUGAUCCUUCAAACAGGCUAUCGUCAUGGGUUGAAGGUGGGGAUUGCUGUGAAUGGACUGGUGUCGUCUGCCAUAACUCAACAGGCCACGUCAAACAACUGCACUUGGCCGCUCCUCUUUCAGAUCCUGAUGGCUUUGCAACAAAUGCUGAAAGGGAAGCUUACUACAAUUCCUGGCUAGGAGGCAAAAUAAAUCCUUCACUGCUGGAGUUGAAGCAUCUUAGUUCCCUGGACUUCAGCAAUAACAAUUUUAGCAGCAUACAUAUCCCGAAAUUUUUCGGUUUGCUGCAGAGUUUAACAUAUCUUAACCUCUCUCAAGCACAAUUUCAGGGAAUAAUUCCUCAUAACCUUGGGAAUCUCUCAAAGUUGCAGUAUCUUGAUCUUGGAGGAAAUGAUCUCAGAUCAAAAAGUCUUCAAUGGGUUUCUGGACUUUCUUCCUUGCAGUACCUUGAUUUGAGUUAUUUGCAUCUUUCUGAAGCAACUGAUUGGGUACAGGUAACAUUCAAACUUCCCUCUUUGUUAGAGUUGCACUUGUCAGUUUGUGGUUUAGAAGAUGAUCCAUCUUUCAACAGUAUUAAUUCUUCAAAAUCACUGGUUGUUCUUGAUCUUUCUUGGAACCGCUUUUCUUCAGUACCUAAGUGGAUAUUUAGUCUUCAUGGUCUUGUGUCCAUUGAUCUUAGUAACAAUGAUUUGGAAGGCCCAAUUCCAGCUUACUUUGGGAACAUCUCGUUUCUUGAAGUUCUUGAUCUUAGUGGGAAUGAUCUCAAUUCGUCCAUAUCCAAUUCCUUGUAUAGUUUAAACCGUCUUCAGUUCCUUAGUCUUGGCCAUAACCAGUUACAGGGAACAAUCUCGAGUGCCAUUGGAAACUUGAGCUCUGUUACUCACCUUGAUCUUUCAGAAAAUCAAUUAAAUGGUCAAAUUCCAUUGUCUAUAGGGCAGUUGUCAUCUUUGGAGGAGUUUGAAGUUUCAGAAAAUCAAUUAAAUGGUCAAAUUCCAUUGUCUAUAGGGGAGUUAUCAUCUCUGAAGUUGUUUGAUGUUUCAAGAAAUCAAUUAAACGGCCAAAUUCCCUUGUCUAUAGGGCAGUUGUCAUCUUUGGAGGAGUUUGAUGUUUCAGAAAAUCAAUUAAAUGGUCAAAUUCCGUUGUCUAUAGGGGAGUUAUCAUCUUUGAAGUUGUUUGAUGUUUCAGAAAAUCAAUUAAAUGGUACUUUUCCUCUAUCUUUUGGACGACUAGAAAGUUUGGAAACUCUGGAUUGUGGGUAUAAUCUAUUAGAAGGAGUUGUAUCAGAAACCCAUUUUUCUAAUCUCAAGAGAUUGACAACUCUAGCAGCAUCACACAAUCGGCUUAGAUUUGAACCAAACUCAAGCUGGAUUCCCCCAUUUCAAUGUGAAUGGAUCGAUUUGGGUCACUGGCAUCUUGGCCCAAAGUUUCCCCAGUGGCUAAAAUUCCAAAAGAAAUUGUCUUAUUUGGAUAUCUCCUAUGCAGGAAUUUCAGAUGUCAUGCCCACUUGGUUUUUCAACCAUCCCACUCAAUUUGAAUCUUUAAACCUUUCCUCGAAUCAACUUAGAGGAGAGAUUUCAUAUUUGAAUGUGAGAUACUGUGUUGAUUUGAGUUCAAACCGAUUCAUAGGCCCAUUGCCAAGAGUAUUCCCAACUUUACGAUUUCUAUUUUUAUCAAAUAAUUCAUUUUCGGGAUCUCUUUUUGAAUUGGUUUGUAAUACAUCAAGUUGGAAAUGGGUGGAAGUUCUUUACAUUGAUAAAAAUCUUAUCUCAGGAGAUAUUCCAGAUUGUUGGAAUCAUUGGCAGGGUUUGGUCCUUUUUUUAAAUUUGGGAAGCAACAAUUUGACCGGUAAAAUCCCACCUUCUUUAUGGCAUCUAAAUCUUAGAAUGCUAAACCUUCGAAACAAUACAAUGUUUGGAGAAUUGCCAUCCACAUUGCAAAAUUCUCCAAAUUUGGUUAUGUUAGAUCUUAGUGAAAAUCAUUUCAGUGGAAGUGUACCAGCAUGGAUUGGUGAUAAGCUCUCAAAUCUUGUGAUUCUAAGCCUUCGAUCAAAUAACUUUGAUGGACAUAUUCCUUAUAAAAUUUGUGAUCUUCAAUUUCUUCAAAACUUGGACCUUGCCCACAACAACAUUUCUGGAGUUAUUCCAAAAUGUUUUAAUAACUUAACAGCAAUGGCCACAACAAACAAAACCAAUAAUUCUGUUCUUCAGGAGUAUGUAUAUGCUGUCUCAUUAUUUUUGAACGCAUUAUUGGUGUUGAAAGGACGAGAGGAUGAAUAUGGGAAUCUCCUAACAGGAAAUAUACCAGACAGCAUUGGCAACAUGGAGUUAAUGGAAUCUCUUGAUUUGUCCAUGAAUCGACUAAAUGGUAAAAUCCCUCCAAGUUUCUCCAAUUUGAAUUUCUUGAAUCACUUCAAUGUGUCCUACAACAACUUGACAGGACAAAUCCCAACAAGCACUCAGCUUAAAAGCUUUGAAAACUUGUCUUACGUGGGCAAUCAUCUUUGCGGACCUCCUCUCACUAAGAACUGCACCUCAAAAGGUAUUCCAAUUGACGUUGCAAAUAAUGGAAGUAGCAGGGAAGGAAGUAAAGUGAAUUGGCUUUAUGUCAGCAUAGUUCUCGGCUUUGUAAUGGGAUUUUGGGGUGUAGUGGCUCCCUUGUUUUUCAUCAGGUCUUGGAGGCAUGCAUACUAUCGAAAGUUGGACUAUGUUGGUCGAAAGCUGUAUGUGUCUUGGGCUACUAUGGGUAUGUAG